AUGUCUUAUCACGAUCAGCAACCAAAAGCACCUCCUAGCAGUCCCUAUGAACUACAGUAUCCACAAUAUCCACAGUAUCCAGGAUUACCUACACCAAUGAUGCAACAAGGAGGAUUACAUCCGGUGAUGGUACCAGAAAUUCAUCGAGAAUGUCAUCAUGAUGAUCAUGAUCAUCACCACGGAAUUUUGCACAAAAUUACGCAUCCAUUCACACAUCAUGAACAUCAUCACGAACAUCAUGACGGGCAUUGUGGACAUUAA